UUUUCGAGAUAUAUAAAAGGUUACCCAGAUUUCUUUGUGCACUUCUCGAAACUGUGAACUCAUCGUUGAGGCUGAUCUAGUGCUCGUACCCUGCAGAUCGCUCCCCGAAAUAUUGAAGUCUGGGCAAUGGCUGAUAACGGGGAAGGAGAGGAAAACAUUCCACGUGGGAACGAAUGGGAGGUUGUAUCCCUUACUGCAUCUGCAUAUGCUGCCGCUUCUGGUACAAAAGAAGUUGAAACAAAGGAUGAUAGAAAAGGUGAUUCAUAUGAAGUUGAAGAAGCAGAAACUUCUCGUGCUUUAUUCAUGUCUGGCCACUUUGUUUUUCCCCCCAGCGAGCAUGAGAAUUUGCCACUAGAACCCGAUGAUACUAGUGAACAUGUAGGCAAGGGCGUGGUCCCUGAAUCUGGUGUUGUAGAAGAAGGUGAUAGAUCUAAGACAAAGGAUGAAGAAGAUUGGUCUUUGAAAGAUUUGAAUGUACAUGAUGAAUUUCCAGGUAUGCAAUUUUUUGAUAAGAAACAUGGUACAGAGUUUGAAGAAGGAACGACACUGCAAGAACUGAAUUUGAUCAACAAGGACCAGAGUUUGUAUGGUGCUGCUACAUUUGGUUUUUUCCAUAGCGAGGAAGAACUCGAUGGAUCAACGACUGCUGUUUCUGAGCUUAUUGAAGCUUCUGAGCAAGACUUUGAUUUUCCUUCAGACAUGCCCGAGUCCCCAAAGCCUUUACAGGAUGAUAAAUGGGAUGACUCUGAUCUCCCUUGCGAAGCUUGGUGGAAGAGAAGAGCAGUUUCAUUGUAUGCUCAUGCAAAGGAGGCAAAUGCAUUUUGGUCCGUUUUUGUUGCAGCAGCUGUGAUGGGCCUUGUGAUUCUUGGGCAGCGUUGGCAGCAAGAGAGGUGGCAAGCUUUGCAACAUAAGUGGCAGCUGAGCAUCAACAAUGAGAAGACUGGUAAGGUGAUUGGUUCCAUAUAUCGCCUUAAAGAAGUCAUCGUCGGUGGCCACCGCCCUGGUUCUUUUGUGAGGGGCACCUUCCCUAAUGACUGUUAAAACUUGUGAUGAUGAUGAAAAAACAUAUCGAGAGAAUGACAUGGAGAUUGAUUUGGGUGUUGAUAUGUUAGUUUGCUGUUUGAUCAAAUUUAAUUU